UUCAUGACCCAAUCACCGCCAUUAUUGUCCCCACUUUUCCCUUCACGAAGUUGAUUAUGCACAAAAAAUAUUGUUGACCCCAAAAUCCCCCCAUUUCUAACAUUUUCCAUCCGGUAAUUAUCGUCGAAUUAAUCAGCAACACGUCGUGUCAAAUAAAUAUCUCAAAUUUUUGUGCGACUUCCAGUUCUCAACUCCAUUUUUCACCGGAAAAAUUCUCUUGUCAAAUGUUCCGUGACUCAAAUGUUGUUCUGAAAAUAAUCGGGACUAUUUGUGUUUAUUUUGCUAAUUUAUCGAGAUCGAAUUUACCUGAGGUUAUUUGUCAAUAACAAUCGUCACUUGUCGUUCCUUAUUGAGAGUCUGGAUUCUGAGUGAAAUAUCCGAUAAAUUGUGCAUUAAUCGGUGAUUAAUUUUGAUCGGCAAAAUGUCGAAUGCUGAAAUUGAUGAGAGAGUUACUGAUGAAAUCGAGGCAUUGGGCGCAAUUUUGCUUGAUAAUGAACUGAAAGUGAUGGAGAAUGAAAGAGGAAUUCCCGAAGUGAUCGAAACUCUCGUAUUUCCAUCAACUGGAGAAGAUUCUCAGUCUCAAUACGUCUGUGUAACUCUCAUAGUUUAUUUAUCUCCAGGAUAUCCGGACGUCUCUCCAGUUGUAACGCUGAGAAAUCCUCGAGGAUUGGACGAAGAGACAGUAAAUCUCAUUCAGCGAGAAGUCGAGGAUAAAUGCAAUGAUUUUUUAGGGCAGCCUGUUAUGUUUGAACUUAUUGAGUUGGUCCGUGAACACUUGACUCGGAGUAAUCUUCCCACCGGUCAAUGUGCGGUGUGUCUCUACGGAUUUCGAGAGGGAGACGAAUUUACUAAAACCGAGUGCUACCACCAUUUCCAUUCCCACUGUUUAGCAGCUCACGUCGCAGCUGCUGAGAAAUAUUAUCGCGAAGAACUGGAGAAAUUACCCCAGUGGCAACAAGAUUCUCCCAAAGAUUUCCAAGCUAUAUGCCCAGUUUGUCGUGAGUCAAUAAAAUGUGAUGUCGAGAGUCUCUGCUCAGCUGCACCACCCAUUGAUGUUGAGACAGCCACUGAUUUUUCAGUGACAGCUGAAUUGCGUGAAUUGCAACGCCAAAUGUCUGUUCUAUUCGUACGCCAAAAACAGAGAGGCGGAAUUAUUGAUCCUGAAGCUGAGGGCACGAAGAUGCUGCUGAGGACAGAGGAUGACUCUGUCGCUGGAGUUGAGACACCUACUUCACCUGCUGGGCCCAGUCUCACAGCUUUUUCUGCUAAUUCUAAUGUGCGUCACCAUCACGUACCCGAGGCGAAACACCCGACGAAUCAUCAACAGAGUAACGCAGAGAAGGAUAAACAGAGCGAUAAUCGUGGCUCUCACAAUAAUCAUCAUCAUCAGCAUCAUCAUCAUCACCAUCAUCAGCACGGGCGUAAAAAUCGAGGUCGUGGUCGUGGUGGAUACGAAUCUCGAAGAUGCGAACGUCUGCGUCAAAACGAGACGACACCCAGAUGACAAUGGGCUGAAUAUACUCGAAAUACUGCCCAUUUAAUUCUUUAUUCUUCUAUUGAUUAUAUCCAAUAUAAUCAAUAACCGUUCUAUAAUCAAUGUAAUCAGCUGUAAUUGUCGCAUCAUAAAUAUUUGUCUCUUAUUUUUUGCAUUAUAUCAUUUUUUUUAUCAUCGCUUUAAUUAUGUUGCCUCAUUUGUAAUUAAUUGUCAACGAAAUCAGUUAAAGUUGCCCUAUUAUUUCUGGGACGAUGAAUUACUAUUUUUUUUUAAAUGCUCAAUUCUAGUUCUCAGUGUUUCCUAUUUCUUUUUUAAUCAUUAAUUGUUUGUCAUUUUUGGUUCGUAAAAAUCAUCUUUGACUGUGAUACAUUAAUUUUCUCAUGUUUUCCAUUUUUAUUAUUCAAUUGUUAGUGUAAGAGCCACUUGUUUAUUGUAAUCAUAAUAAAACUAGUCAUCAAAUAGAUGAUGGGCAUUUUUAAUUUGUGAAAAACCUCGGCCUCCGGGAAAUCGGGAUUAUGGAAUCGCAAAGAAUGUUUAUAAAAAUUCAUAAGAUUUUUGUUUUAUAAUUUUAAACAAUUGUUUGUUCACUUGAAAAUGUGGAUUUACACAUUUUAAUACAUGGCGAUUGUUUCCGUGAGAAUUUACUCAUAAAAGAUAAUAAUUAAUCGACAACGACUGCAAUACUAUCCAUUUGUUAUAAAAAUAUGCAUGAAUUCUGUGUUACAAAAAAAAACCACUUCGUGGGUUUCUCUCAAUAAUUUAUUCAAGUGCAUAGAUUAAUUGCAAUACUAAAAAAA